CGAAAGAAUGUGAAUUAACUCAGUCCUACUCUUACAGAACCGGUAUUGGACUCUCAGCUUCAUCCACACAGGACUCGAAGCAUGAUAAGAAAAUAGCCUAAAAAUAGACAAAAAGUUUAGUCGUGGGUAGGGUCACUUUACUGGUGCUUUGUUUGACGGAGGUUAUUUUAAAUUAUUCGAGAAUAUCUGGGUUUUUUUUUAGAAGAGUGAAUUUAACUGUUUUAUUUCACCUUUUCGGUGAUAUAUAGAACAAUUUACUGUUUCUACAAAGCUGAUUAGGCUACUGAACGUCGAAUGAUGGACGAGAUACGUUGCUUUUCCUCAAACAGAAACAUCUUGUGCUUAUUUGAUGUGGAUGGCACGCUGACUUCGCCAAGAGAGAAGAUCGACCCGCAGCUGGAUGCUUUUUUCCAGUCCCUGCGGAAAAAGGUGAAGAUUGGUGUGGUGGGAGGGUCAGACUACUGCAAGAUUGCAGAACAGUUGGGUGAUGGAGAUGAAGUAAUCCACAAGUAUGACUACGUGUUUGCUGAGAAUGGAACGGUGCAAUACAAAGAUGGCAAGCUCCUCUCCAAACAGGCUAUUCAGAACCAACUGGGAGAGGAGCUUCUGCAGGAUCUCAUCAACUUCUGUCUGCGCUACAUGGGACUGAUCAAACUGCCCAAGAAAAGGGGCACUUUUAUUGAGUUUCGCAACGGAAUGCUGAACAUUUCUCCCAUUGGAAGAAGCUGUACUCCAGAGGAGCGCCUUGAGUUCUCUGAAAUUGACAAGAGAGAGAAAAUCCGGGAGAAGUUUGUGCAAGCCCUUCAGGAGGAGUUUGCAGGAAAAGGACUGCGUUUCACCAGAGGCGGUCUGAUCAGCUUUGAUGUGUUCCCCGAGGGCUGGGACAAGAGGCUGUGUCUGCAGGUCCUGGAAGCCGAGGGCCUGGAUGCCAUCUACUUUUUUGGCAACGAAACAGAUCUGGGUGGAAAUGACUACGAGAUCUUUGAGGACCCGCGCACCAUCGGUUUCACUGUCUAUUCUCCCAAGGACACGGCGAGGCUCUGUCAAGAGAUCUUCUUCAACGCCCCUCCCAAUGAAUCAUGACAGCCUUGAGAAGAGAAGAGCAACGUCCUCCCAGGAAUAAACUCUUGCUUCUGCGUUUGGGAGUGCACUGAUGACAAGUGCUCCUCCAGCCAAACCAAGGGAGCAUCACUAUCAUCUCUGCAUAGUGUACAGACCACUACUGAUUUUAUAUAUAUGUAAUUUAAUAUAUAUCUUCUUGUUUUCAUUGUCAUUGUGAAUGAUGAUGACGAUGGUGAGGAUCAUUCUGGAAUCAUUCUGGAGUACUGGAACUUUUAAAAGGAACAAUCCCUGUGAUGUGGUGCUCACCACUUUGUGGGAUUUUUAUGGUACAAAUGACUUUGGCCUAUUGCUCUCAAAGCUGAGAGCUCUGACAAAGAUGGACAAUGGAUGAACAAAAUAGCUCUGUUUCUAAUCUCUUCGUUUUGUGUCUGAUGUUGUGGUGGGGUGUGGGAGGGGAUGGGGGUGCAAGCCUCCAAGACUUGUACAUGUAGAUAAUCCAUUGUGAAUACCACAGCAUCAGUGUGGGGUGUGUGCACUAGUUUUGCACUCAGACUGACACAGUGAGCACACUGUGUUUGAGAUAAUCAGUUUACAUUGUGAAUGUAGCAAGUGAGGUGAGUUAUUCAUUUCAAAGGUGCACCUUGUAAUAAUAAAUGUAGCUAAGGGUAAGCCCAGUGACUGAGAGAAGAGAAAGAGACAACGAGUGUGCCAGUGACUGGAGUGGGUGGGAUAGAAGAUUUUUGCCAAUGUAUUUCUUGUUAAUUGUUAUGGAGCUAAACAUUCCCAGCAGACAGUGUCUGGUGAAUCAUUCCCCUUUGCUGAAAGCAACUGCCAGCCAACAGAAUACAAACAGCAUGUCAUUUGUGGGACACGGCUCUUUUGGGCGCAUAUCCCAGUGACUGAUGUUCUGUGUACUAUUUAUUAUUAGUCCUCUGCCUUGCGAGAGCUACAUCAGGGCAGAGUAGGUCAUUAACGAUGUGCGUUGUCUUGUCUACAAACCAAAGACAAUAUGUGAAAUUGAUUAUGUGAAUUGAAAUGUGAAUUGUGCAUGUUGACAUCUCGUGGACAACAGCGCUGCACAUCUGUAGCAGAAGCCAUAGGCAGGAGUCACCACAUAAAGCAUGAUUACUCUCCGGCUACCUUGCAUUCUCAUACUGUACAUCGUUAUUCAGUCGGAUGAGCUGGAAUGUAGCAUCCAUGUAAACACUCCCACCACAGAGAGGGAAAAAUCACGUGUGUGUGUGUGUGUGUGUGUGUGUGUGUGUGUGUAGAAUAUGAUUGUUGAUAGACACACAUACACAUCCUGUGGCAACAAGUGAGACCAUUUCAUUAAAAUAACACUUUUUGAAAUCA